AUGUCGGCAAGCAACAUGGAUCAGGAAGAAGUUAUGGCAAAGCUCAAGAAAGAUGUGCGGUCUCUUCUCAUUUCCUCAAAGACGGGCUUGGCACCAGACCAGCUAAAGAGGGACUACUUAGCCAUGUUGGGACACCCUUUGCCCUUCAAAAUACUUGGCUUCCGAAACAUCAAGGACAUGUUGAUGGAGAUGGUAGAUGUUGUGGCAGUUGACUACCUUCCAGAUGGCAGCUUAGUCUUAAAGGCUAUUGGUGAUGAAACCACCCGAGGUAUUGAGAACCUGGUAGCUAAGCAACGCUUGCCUAAAUCCAAGGUGAAGAAGAGACAAUUGAGCUACUUCACUCCCCACUCCUAUCACCCGCCCCCAACUGUGGUCCUUCCCAGACGAGGUGGGAUCCCUUCAGCUCUUCCUGCACAGCUGAGGACUCAACUCCGCAUCUUACUGGCUCAGGGUCCACUCCGGUUGUCUGAUCUUGAGGUCAGCUUCCAGCGUUUCUUUGGCCACCCACUGCGCAUCCACACCUAUGGGUUUUACUCAACUGGAGAGAUGCUGCAAGCAGCGUCGGACCUAGUCCAUAUUCAUCAGGGCAGGAUGGGCUCGAUUCUGUCCUUGAGACAGCAAAUGGUGCCCAGACCACUACUUGUAUCACCGCCAAAGGAAACUAGAGAUAUGAAUCCCAUUCAGUACAAACCCAAACCAUUCUACAAAGGACCAGUCGGUGCCCAAUCUCAGACACCUGCAGUUUCAUCAGUCCCUGUGAAGCAGACUCCUCCAGAUGUGUCCAUUAAACACCAUAGCUUUGAGCUUGUCCACAACAACUCCUCUGUACUUGAAACCAAACCUGAGGUGGAUGUGAAAAACCAGGAAGCAGAACCAGAUCCAUGUCAGGAGGGUCAGCUUUUCAAGCAACGUGUCAUUGAGCUGGAAGAGGCCCUUCAGCAGAGGAUUCUGGAAAAUGGAGUUGCUGGUACCAUUAGUCAAGAACUGAAGAAAAAACUUCAACAGGUUGUUUGUCAGACCACAGAUGGAUUAUCGGUGUAUGAUCUGCCUGCAGAGUACAAGAAGUUUCAUGGUGAGGAGCUGCCUUUGCUGCAGAGUGGCUUUGUCAGCAUCACUGAGCUAGUCAGUGCUAUGAGCGAUAUUUUCCACAUGAAGCUUGCUACGAGACAUGGUGACCAGCACUGGAUAGUGAAUAUAAAGGACACCGACAGACAAACAGACCCAUGCAAGAGUGAACCUACCGCAGAGAAUACAGAGCGGCCUAGCGUGAGCUACUAUUUUCACUGUGGAGGAUCUCUUUGGGAAGACAAAAGAGAAGCUGAAAAUAUCAAAGCAGAUGAAAAGAACCAAGAGAUGCAGGAGGGUGUCAAUUACAGUAUGACCCCAAAAAUGGUGAAACAGUUGUCGGAGAUUUAUUCAUCCUUUCAGAUACACAGCAGUCCAUCAGUGCCUCUGGAUGCACUGCAGGUUCAACUUCUCAAACCACCAACACGUCGCAGUGUUCGACAGCUAGUAGAUGUCCUGGUAGAGAAGGUGCAUUCCCCUGGCCAUUUCUACAUCCGCUUUAGUGAGAGCAAGGAGGCCAGAGCUAUGGAGGACAUGAUGAUUGAGAUGAGGCGAUGUUACACUUGUCCUGGGGUGUCAGAAUGCUACCGUCUCCAUAAGCGUUUUGUCCGGCCAGGUCAGGUGUGCUGUGUGUCACCGAAAGGAAUGUGGUUCUACCGUGCGGUGAUUCUCCAGGUCAUCAGCCCCACUCAGGUUGAGGUGUAUUAUGCCGACUUUGGAGAUGUCGGUGUGGUACAGAGCGCCAACCUCAAAUUCCUCAAGUCUUGCUACUCAAUUCUUCCAGCACAAGCUGUACCAUCAUCACUUGCUGAAAUCAAGCCAGUGGGUGGCAGCUGGAGUGCUGAGGCCACAGCUUCCUUCCAGAAACUGUGCUCAGAUCGUACCCUGGUGGGUGCUCUGGACUGUUACACUGGGGAUGUGCUGCAGCUCUACCUGUGUGACACACACACAGAUAAUGACAUCUACAUCCACAGUGUGCUACAGAGCGAAGGUCAUGCAAUGGCUUGUAGCCCCAAAAUCAGUGCUGCACUUUGUACCCAUAUCAACCCUGUGAGUCUUUACAUGGGGGAGAGGCUACUUGAGCUACCACCGGAAGAAGAGGAGACCACUCCAUGCCUCGAUUCCACUGUGUCACUCAAAGAGUCCAUGAAUGCACUGAAGGUUGAAGAUGAAGAGCUGCCUGGUCUGGAGUUGAUCAAUGACAACGAGAUCAGCUUCCACACAGAGGUCAAAGAACUCAACCCAUUCAGUGCUCUGCUAAGUGACCAAAGCCUGCAGAGUUAUGAUGAACUGGCCGUAUCUUCAAAUGAUCAAACACUUCAUACUGCCAACACCAUCUGUGGAACUUACACCUUUGCAGAUGUGAGCCAGAGCAGGACAAACCCACCACUUUAUAGCAUCGACACUGAAGCACUGGAACAGUCCUCUCCUCUGCCACCAUCCAGCACUGAUCCCACAUCAGAAGAACAGCCACCAGAGGUCACCACUUCCUUCCUGGUCAACAGGCCUUCAAUUCUGACUGUCUUCAGCAACCUAACUCCAGAAAUGAUUCCAACCCAAGUUUACCCACAGGGUGUGACAGUUUCUCCUCUGAACAUUCCCAAAUCUGCGAUGGUGUUUCCUUUGAGGCCAGGUAGGUCAGGCCUCAUACAUCCUCCUAAUCCUGAAUAAGUCGGAACAUGAUGAAAGAAAAUUCUCUUCCUUAAACAUUUCACAGGAAAACUACAACUUUAUCUUCA